AGACGGUCCAAGUCCAAGAUGGUAAAGGAAAAGAGAAAGAAGCCCCCAACACGUGUGCUGGUCACGCACUUGCCCGCGCGUCAUGCAAGGCGAGUCCAGCCAGCCCACGGGCGGGGCGGCAGCAAGCUGCAGUAUAAAAGAAUGCAGACGCAGGGGGAGCAGCAUCAGUCUCUCCCCGCUAGCCACAUCCGCGGACAUGAAGCUAAUUAUUUUCUCGGCACUCGCGGUUGCCGCUUCGGCCGGAGGAUCCUAUGGAGGGGGCCUCGGAGGUCGCCUAGGACGUGGUUUUGGAGGAGGCGUCGGAGACGGCUACGGACGGAGUGGCUCCGUCGACUACUACGCCGUGCCCGACUACAACACCGCUUACUCCAUCAAGGACGGCUACUCCGGUGUGGAUGUCGAUUCCCAGGAGAACCGACAUGGUCAACAGACCGAGGGUUCUUACUCUGCCCAGCUGCCCGACGGCCGAAGACAACAGGUCACCUACUGGGUGGACGGCGACUCGGGCUACAACGCUGACGUCAAGUACUACGGCGUGGCCAAACACCCGCAGACCCCCGUCAACAGCUAUGGAGGCGGCUUCAGGUCUGGCUCCGUGGGCGGUUACGGAGGUUAUGGUUAUGGCGCUGGAGGCGUUGGCUCUCUUCGGAGCGGACGUGUUGGCGGUCAUGGCUACGCUGGCCGUGGUUAUGGCAGCUACCACUGAUCCCGCCAGAAUGGUUUCUCAGACCCACGCAUUCGCAACGUCUGUAUAGAGCUAGUUCUCUAUUAUCUGCGUGUACUUCGUCUUUGGUUUACGUAAUCCUGUAUGAAUGUAUGCUACCCUGUGUGUAGGUGUAAUUUAUUAGCAACAACAGCAAUACAAU